AUGGCGGCGGCUGAUAUUGUCGUUAAACGCGACAAAGUCUGGGAUUGGCCUCUUCAAAAAAAUGACGAAUUUGUGAAAGUCGUAGAGGAUUCAAAGCACUUUGAAGUUGGCUUGGAUGCAAGGUUGUUUACACCCAAAGAAAUUCAGGUGAAAAUGAUUGGUGAAGAUCUCAUUCAAGUCAAGAUGGAACACGAAGCACAGAAGGGGGAUGUGACCAAUGUUAGCAGGAACAUUAUGAGGUCUGCAAAUACUCUUGUUUAA